AUGAAGCUUCGAGACUGUUGGGUGCGGGGUCCGGCCAUCUCCUUGCCCCAGAGCACAGUGGUGGGUGGGGACCUGUGCCCCGCUUGGGGCCUGGGGGCCAGAGGGGUCUCACAGGGUGGCCCUGCAGCCAGUGCUCCUCCCCCGCAUGCCCCGGCCCUGUCCCCGCAGAGCCCUGUGCGGGGGCCCCAGGCACCCCGCCGGGCCCUCCACGCCCCCCGGAGGCCUUCCUGGUCCCAGCCGCUGCCGCCCCACGUCACUGGAACCCGAGGAACCGGCUGCCCUGGGGACACAGGCCGCGUGGAGACGCGGGCCCAGGAGGGACCUUCUCCUCUUUCGGACUUGGGGACACCUGGAACUCACCCUUCCCUUGGAUCCGCCCGAGAGGAGGCCUCAGAGCUGGCCCUGACACCAGCAGGGGGCAGGUGGUGCUUCUGGGCCGUGCUCCUUCUCCUGGCCCUGGCUGUGCUCCUGCUGGCCGGCGUCAUGCACGUGGACGUCAGGCUGCUCAUGCCCCAACUCGGGGACCAAGUUGACGGGCCCCCCGUCACCAACGUCAUGUUUCUUAAGACGCACAAGACGGCCAGCAGCACGGUGCUCAACAUCCUUUUCCGCUUCGCCGAGACGCACAACCUGUCGGCGGCGCUGCCUGCUGGCGGCCGCUUCCACCUCGGUUACCCCUGGCUCUUCCUGGCGCGCUACGUGGAGGGCGCGGAGCAGGGCGGCCCCGAGCGGCGCUUCAACAUCAUGUGCAACCACCUGAGGUUCAACCCGCCAGAGGUGCAGAAAGUUAUGCCCAACGACACCUUCUACUUUUCCAUCCUCAGAAACCCCGUCUUCCAGCUGGAGUCCUCCUUCGUCUACUACAAGAGCCACGUCCCCGCCUUUAGGAACGUCACCAGCCUGGACGCCUUCUUGGCCUCGCCGUGGGCCUACUAUAACCAGAGCCUGGGCCUGAGCAACGCCUACGCCCGGAACAGCAUGUGGUUCGACCUGGGUUUCGACAACGACGCGCCGCCCAAGGAGGACUACGUGCGCGCGCGCCUGCUCGACGUGGAGAGGCGCUUCCAGCUGCUGCUCAUCGCGGAGCACUUCGAUGAGUCCAUGGUGUUGCUCCGGCGCCUGCUGCGCUGGCGGCUGGACGACGUGGUGGCCUUCAGGCUCAACGCGCGCAGCCGGCACAGCGUCACCAGCUUGUCGCCCGCAGGCCAGGAGCGCGCCAAGCACUGGUGCGCCCUGGACUGGCGCCUCUACCAGCACUUCAACCGCACCUUCUGGGCCCGGCUGCGCGCAGAGCUGAGUCCGCGGCGUCUGCGCUCUGAGGUGGCGCGGCUGCGCGAGCGGCGGCGCGAGCUGGCCGCCCUGUGUCUGCAGGACAGCGAGCCCAAGAACAAGUCGCAGAUCACCGAUUUCCGACUGCGCCCCUACCAGUCGGGCAGGGCGGACAUCAUGGGCUACAACCUCAAGCCGGGCCUUGACAACCAGACGCUGCAGACGUGUCAGCGGAUGGUCAUGCCCGAGCUCCAGUACAUGGCCCACCUGUACACCCUGCAGUUCCCCGACAAGCCCCCCAAGAACAUCGCCUUCCUGGAGGCCUAGAGGGAUGGCGCCGCGGACUCUGGCCAGGCCCUCUCCUGUUGUCCCUGGAAGGCCCCGGGCGCUGCCUCAGGCUCCGAGGGGUCUCCUGGGGGCACCUGGGGUAUCCAGGCCCUGCCAGACCACCAGCCCUCAGGACGAAGACCACCCAUGAUCCAUCCUCUCGGAGGUGACCUCUCCGCUGAGGACCUGAAAUAUAGGACACCAUCGCACCUGGACUGAGGAUGUGAGCCUGCUCAUCAGAUUCACCAGAUAGAAAUGUCUUACCAGGUGGGAAAGUGAGAGAUCUUCCAUCAGAAGAAAGGAAUCUGGAGCUCAGAGCGGCUCCCCCUACUUUGCCAGCCAUGGGGACAUGACCCUGGUCACUGAGACACUGUCAGCACCCCACACUCUGGAGGCGGGCCCGGGGACCUGGGUCUGGAAGGGUCUGGAAUGCUCGGUUUUCCUUCUUUGGCUGUAUGAGGCUUAUUUCCAACUGAAGAACGGUUUUGGAUUGAGAAAUGUUAGAACUGCUUACAAGGCAAAUGGUUUAGCGGAGCACAGGUUGAAGGCUGGUGCUGCAGGUCUGAGCUGCGACAACCCCCCCCAAAAGAUGAAUGGAGGAGGAGACCUGCCGGAGAGCUGAGAGAGGACUGCUGUACCCUUGGUUGCCGUGGAGACAGCACUGGAUGAAACCCCAGAGGAGGGUGGCUUCCAGGCCCCCUUUCUUGUGGUUUGUGUGGAGGGAGUGAGGAUGCCUGCCUGGCAGAACGUGAUCCCUGGCUGCUUGGGGGCCCAGUGGUUAGUGGGGUGCACACACCCAGAACCAUGUGCCCCAUGCCUGAGAAAAGUGGGCUACCUGGAGCACCCAAGAAACAGAGCUGCUCUUUCACACUCAGCUGAGAGGCUCAGCCUGGCCUGUCCGUCUGGCUCUGGGGUCCCCUUCCUUCCACGUGGGGACCUCAGCCCUGAGGACCCUGGCACCUGCUCAGGCGCUCCUGGGUCCAGACAUGUCCACACUUUUCAGGAGAAUCAGCACUUCAAAGAGAAGGGGAACUCUCACCCACAGAACAGGCAGCAGCUAACUUGGACACAAUUUAAUGGAAGGACUUAUGAAGAAUAAAUUUUCAGUAAGAAUAUGGGA